CUUCCCCCUCAGUUCACUUCUCCAGUAAACCUUCUUCUUCUUCAGACAUGGACUCGUUCAAACCCUGACUCCUACUCCUGCUCCUCCUGCUCCUCCUGGCUCUUCGCCCUCCUCCGUUGGACCAUGAAGCUCUGAUCACAGGCUUUGAAAACUUUUCUCUCCCCUUUUUUUUUCUUCAUUUUUCCGCCUCACUCUCAGGCUGCCUGUUGCUGCUGCUCGAGUUCUUACUUGUUCCUGAUGCGUCGGGAAAGCCAUGGCCAGCCUGAGCGCACAGCAGCAGCAGCAGCAGCAGCAGCAACAGCACCAGGAUUAUUUCAGGUCUGUGAGCAGCGAGUCCACCACCUACAUGAUGGUCCCCACCUCCGGAACCAGAGAGUCGGCCCGGAAAGAGGCGCCGUCCAGACUGUGGGUGGCCAUGGUGGUGAUCGUGGUGGUGGUGCUGCAGAUCGCCUCCACCACUGGACUCUUUGUCUACCUGAACAUGUCCAUAUCAGAGGUCCGUAGUCAGGGCGUGACUGAAGAACUCAAGUGUCUGAGUUUACUCAACGCUCUGGACAAAGACCAGGACAUCCCAGAGCAGCUGGCUCAGCUCUUUGGAGAGCCCUGCAUCAAACUGGCUGAAGGCAUUAAAGCAUACAUCUCCAAGGUGACAGAAAACAUUAUUUCCAAACAGACCUUCAUUGAGGCCAGAACCAUGCCUCGGCAGUUUAACACCUCUGGGUCAAAGUUCAUGGGCUCAGUGGUCCAGAGGCCUUCAGCCCACCUGACCCUACGAGACUCUGCCUCCCAGGGUCUUUCUCCCUACCCUGUCCCCACUCCUGGUCUGCACCAGUCCUGUCGUCAUGUGGUUCACUCCUGGGCCAAUCAGAGCUUUGGAGCUCACCUACACAACAUGACGCUGUCCAAUGGGAAGCUGCGAGUGCCUCAAGAUGGGCGGUACUACCUGUACUCACAGGUGUAUUUCCGUUAUCCGUCUCCAGCAGCCAAUGAUGGAGACCAGCGCAGCGUCAGCCACCAGCUGGUCCAGUGUGUCUACAAGAAAACCUCCUACCCCAGUCCAAUCCAGCUCCUGAAGGGAGUCGGAACCAAGUGCUGGUCUCCAGACGCUGAGUACGCGCUCCACUCCAUCUACCAGGGAGGACUGUUCGAGCUCCGAGCUGGAGACGAGCUUUUCGUCUCCGUCUCUUCUCCGACCAUGGUCAACUCUGACGACUCCUCCAGCUACUUUGGUGCUUUUCGUCUGGACCUUUGAGGAAGAGAGACAGAACCUCGAACAUCAGAAUGGAUCAAAAGAAGAACUUGGAGGCCUGGAGGAGGAGCCUGUGGAACGUCUGAGCGGCUGGACGAAGUUUGGGACAUGGACCUGGAUGGGCUUUUUUUUUUUCUGAAGGACCGAGGGAUUAACGUGAGUUGCUCGUGUCAGAGCAACAAGAACUUCAUCUGUCCUCCUCGGAUCCACAGAUCCAGGUCAGGAUGAACAGAACAAGUGCAAUGCUGGGAACGUUCCUGAGGAUCAGGAUUGGAUUUGUAUUUUUUUUUACAACCACUCGUGGACCAACCUAUGGUUUCUUUGUGCUCGUGAUGAGAAACAAACUCUAAACCAAAUGAUCUCGAUGUUU